GUGUUCAGUUCAGGUGCAAACCUCCAUCAUGGGAAAAAGUUCCGUGCUCAAACCAUUUGUGUGGCCUAUGAAAGUGGCUCGUUUCUUUGGAUUUCCUAUCAAAUGCGUAGACCACCUGGGUUAUGAGUUCGGCCCCAACAAACAUAUGUGGCUUUUCUGCUUUCUCAUUCAAUCCAUUUGGUUCGUUCUAAUUAUGGUAGCAUUUCUACAAUUAAAUUCGCAGUCGGCUUCCUCGAUAAUCGAUUUUUCCACGACAUUGGGUCUGACUUGGUUUGAUAUGUUUAUUGACUGUAUCACCUUCACAAUUUUGAUAUCUAAUAUUCUAAUGGGGUGUCAUCUUUUGAGAGAAAAACAUCAUGAAUUUGGUCUUUUGGUUGAGAGCUGCAACAAUCUUGAUCCACAGAUUAAACCGGAUUUAGGCCAUAUGGUAGGAAGUUUGAAAAGACGUCAUUGGUGGUUGACUUUGCCCAUAUUACUUGGAGCAUUUCUCAGCACGUUUGGCAAUCUCAAGUUUUUCCAGGCGCUGCUAAGAUCUAAUGGAUCCGUGGCACUAUACACACUUUUGGGUCUGGGAAUUCUUGUAACGCUUCAGCCCAUUGUUCCCUUACUCUUGGCUUGUUUGGUCAAAUACUUCAUGACGUUUCUCACCAAAAGUUUCCACAAGUUUCGAAUUGGGAUCAAAAGUCAAGAGUUGUCCGAACUGGAAGUUAUUGAUUAUGGCCUUCAUUUACAUCAAAUGCUUAUGACAAUGGAACAAGUUUUUGGACGCAUGAUUUUGUUUGACUUGUUGUUAACUUCAAUUUCGACCGUCAGCACCCUGUUUUUUGGUAUCUGCACAGGGGUGUUGCUGAUUCAAACUAGCAUUAACUGGGCAUUUGCUUGGCUGUCUUUGAACUUGACGGGGGUUUGUGGGCCUCAAGUCAUACGGAUCGUCACUUAUCUUCAUGCUGGUCAACGUCUCACUGAAGCCAUGCAUGGUUGUAGAAGCGAAAUCAAGGAGAGGUUUGCUAAUAAACAACUGGAGCUCCCGGACAAUGAGAAAUUUCGUCUUUCGUUGUUAUUGGAGAGGAUCGGUGUGUCGGCCGCCAUCCGACCCAUGGAUAUCUUCGACAUGACCUUCUCAUUUGGAAUGUCUUUAUUAGGCAUGAUUCUAACAUACCUCAUCAUUCUCUUGCAAUUUAGACUCCUUUAAAUGCGUAAUGUAUUGAGUCGUAAUUGGCAGUCAUUACUCAAACAUGCGAGAAAGCGACAAUUAAUGACGAAUGAACGUUAUGGAAAAGAGUCCCUUUGGUAAGCGCAAUAUUUACUAAUGCGGGGGAAACUCGUGAGCCACAUCCACCGACCAGUAUCAUGAAAGUUUCGAUCACAAAGCACCUCAAUUUUGAGUUCUUCAAAAUGGGCUCACCCCUACGUCCCUUGGGUUUUCUUUUCAAAGUGGCCAACAGCCUCGGCGGGUUCCCAUUUAAGGUCCUCAACAAUGACUGCACUCUCUUCAAGCUUGAUAACCACGCCGUCACCAGAUUGCUUUUGUUCUUGGCCUCCGUGUCGGCCUUUAGUGUGGGUAUUUUGGCUUAUAAUCUGUACGUUCUCGGCGGUUUCAUCAAGUAUGUGGAUCAAAACCGGAAACAUGGCCUCUCCUAUAUGGAUACAGUGGCCAUCGGCCUCAUCAUAUUUCCACACGUGAUUGGCACCUUUGCGUUUAUCAGAAGUUUCUUUGAGAGCGAGUUCCAAAUCAAUGCCAGCAUCUUUUGCGACAAGAUUUCAAAUUUACGUGGCUUACCAAAAAUACGACAAGAUCAGUAUGCUGUCAUCUUCAAACGGACAACCUACCAAAGUUUCAUGUUUCUGUUUUUGGUCACCCUAUCGAGUACGUUGCAAUUUAUCUCAAUUUUUCAAGUCAUGAGCGCGGCCAAUCUUUCCUCUUUGGGUGUUUGGUCCCAAAUUGUGUACAUUCCGUUUACUGUGCAUUUGUGUUUUCCGUUGAUUGAGAUGUUGGCGAUAUCUGUUACAUUUCAAAGUUUGGGCACUUUAGAAGUAGUUUUACAAGAUUUCAAAAAUAAUCUGCACCGGCUCCAUAAUGAGACCGAACUUCGACCGCUCAAUCCCCAACUUAAUCUCAUUGAACCCGCGUUUGAUGUAGUGGAGGUGGCGGAAUUUAUUGAUGAGUUUAUGGGACCUUUUAUUUUAAUUGAGUAUGCCCUUAGUUUUGUGGUUGAAGUGAUUGGUGCUUUUUUUGGUGUUUUGGUCACCACGGCCUUCACAAGUGAGGGUAUCAAUUUUGUUAUCCUCACGUCAUGCACUGGUAGCUCUAUUUUGGGCUUAGCUGCCUUUUGGAAAAUGUGGCUCUUGGCCAGUAAAGGCCAAAAGUUGUGUUCCUUAUUUGAAGACAUCCUGACACAUUUCAACAAGAUAUAUUCUCAACACUACAAGAGUUUUAACGCUAAAGACAAAUGUGAUAUGGGAAUCUUAUUGGAUCGUUAUUCAGUGACGGCCCCAAUACGUCCUCUGGAAGUUUUUCAUAUGAACCGAUCAUCUCUUUUGGCCGCCAACAGUCUAAUUUUUACGUAUAUAUUUGUUCUAAUGCAAUUUCGAAUAGGUUCAUAAAUACAUUGGUUGCUGUCGAAAAGUUUUUUUUUUUAUUGAACGUGGGAAAAAGGUCAGUAACCAACACCUCAUAUU